CGUAAUAUCGACGCCAUUGUUUUCAAUGAGUGAGUCAGUGACUUCACUCCACUUCAAUCGCGUUGGAAAUCGGCUCUUUUUGGUGAACGAAGAUGUGUAUCACUGGGAGUGGGACGUAGGAGCCAUUUUAAAGUAAUUUUGUAGAAGAUAGGUUUUGUGAUAGUGUUAUCUUUCAGGAUGUUAUGAAGUGUUUCUUAUCAUAGAUAUAUUUUUGUACGAAUGAGAGAGAAGUCGUAGAAAUGACCGAUCGUGAAAUCGCUGCUGAAGACAGCAUCAAAGUUGUCUGUAGAUUCAGACCUUUGAAUGAUUCAGAGGAGAAGGCAGGAUCCAAAUUUAUCGUCAAAUUUCCUUCUGGUGGAGAUGAAAACUGCAUCUCUAUCGGGGGUAAAGUUUACCUGUUUGACAAAGUUUUCAAACCAAAUGCUACUCAGGAGAAAGUAUACAAUGAAGCGGCCAAAAGCAUCGUUUCUGAUGUCCUAUGUGGUUACAAUGGAACCAUUUUUGCCUAUGGUCAAACUUCGUCCGGUAAAACGCACACGAUGGAAGGAGUCAUUGGAGAUCAAGGAAAACAAGGAAUUAUUCCACGCAUAGUGAACGAUAUUUUUAAUCACAUUUAUGCAAUGGAAGAAAAUCUGGAAUUCCACAUCAAAGUUUCCUAUUUUGAAAUUUACAUGGAUAAAAUUAGAGAUUUAUUAGAUGUAUCGAAAAUAAAUUUAAGUGUUCAUGAAGAUAAAAAUAGAGUUCCUUUCGUCAAAGGUGCUACUGAACGGUUUGUCUCUAGCCCUGAUGAAGUAUUUGAAGUAAUAGAAGAAGGUAAAGCGAAUCGGCACAUAGCUGUGACAAACAUGAAUGAGCACUCUUCAAGAAGUCAUAGUGUAUUCCUUAUAAAUGUAAAACAAGAAAAUUUAGAAAAUGAAAAGAAAUUAUCUGGUAAACUAUAUCUUGUCGAUCUUGCUGGAAGUGAAAAAGUAAGCAAAACUGGUGCUGAGGGUACAGUGCUAGACGAAGCUAAGAACAUCAAUAAAUCUUUAUCAGCUCUUGGAAAUGUAAUUUCUGCUCUUGCUGAUGGAAACAAAACUCACAUCCCUUAUCGAGACUCCAAACUUACUCGUAUCCUACAAGAAUCCCUUGGAGGUAAUGCAAGAACAACCAUUAUAAUUUGUUGUUCACCUGCCUCUUUCAAUGAAUCGGAAACCAAAUCAACGCUAGAUUUUGGACGGCGUGCUAAGACUAUUAAGAAUGUCGUAACAGUGAAUGAAGAGCUCACAGCUGAAGAAUGGAAGCGCCGAUAUGAGAAAGAAAAGGAAAAGGCUGCCCGGUGGAAAGGCAAGUGUGAAGCUCUUGAGUACGAAUUGAACAGAUGGAGGCAGGGAGAAACUGUCAAAGAAGACGAACAAGUCAAUCUCCAAGAACCGUUAGAUGUGUUAACUCCUGUUGCUCCUACUCCAGAGGCAAAGAAAGACUUGCUUCGUGGACCAGUACCCGCUACACCUGGUAUGGGCUUAAUGAUCGGCUCUUUGAGCAAUGAAGAAAGACAGAAACUGGAAGAAGAAAGAGAAAGAUUGUAUCAACAGUUGGAUGACAAAGAUGAAGAAAUUAACCAACAGAGUCAGUAUGUCGAAAAACUCAAAGAUCAGAUCAUUGAUCAAGAAGAACUCCUGUCCUCAACUCGCCGUGACUAUGAAUUGUUGCAACAAGAAAUGAGCCGAUGCACUCAAGAAAAUGAGAGUGCCAAAGAAGAAGUGAAGGAAGUCCUGCAAGCUCUUGAAGAGUUGGCUGUCAACUAUGAUCAAAAGACUCAUGAAGUAGAAGCCAAAAAUAAAGAAAAUGAAACCUUGACCGAAGAGCUCGCUCAGAAACAGUCCGCUUUGAACAGUGCUUUGUCAGAACUGCAACAACUGAAAGAUCAAUCUUCCCAUCAACGUCGUCGAAUGACAGAAAUGUUGAGCAACUUGAUGAAAGAUCUGGGAGAGGUAGGAAUUGCUAUUGGAGGUGACGGGGAAUUGAAAAUGGUAUCUGAUGGCAGUGGAAAAGUUGAAGAAGAAUUCACCGUAGCGAGACUUUACAUUUCUAAGUUAAAGUCUGAAGUGAAAAAUCUAGUGUCACGCCUCCAAAGCCUGGAAUCAAGCCAAACUGAUAGUAAUAAGAAAGUUAGUGAGUACGAAAAAGAUCUAGCAGAGUGUAGGCUCCUUAUUUCGCAGCAUGAGGCAAGAAUGAAGUCUUUGCAGGAAUCAAUGCGUGAGGCUGAGAAUAGGAAACGCCAGCUGGAAGAAAAUGUUGACACAUUGCGAGAAGAAUGUGCUAAAAUGAGAGCUGCAGAACAAGUCCAUGCUAUGUCAUCCAAAGAAAAAGCUGAAGAAAAGGAGAAAGAAAAUACAAUGCUGGUGGCGCUGGAAGAGCAAAUGGAUCAGCUCAGAGAUGUUCAUCAUAAGCAGGUUGCAGAAUUAAGGGAUGAAAUAGUAGAGAAGCAAUCGCUCAUCAAUGAACUGAAAGAUAUGAAUCAGAAGUAUCUUUUGGCUCAUAAACAAAUUCAGCAGGAGUAUGAGCGCCUCAAGCAAGAUGAAACAGAAAAGAGUAACAAACUCCAGGAACUCAUUCUUACCAAUGAAAGAAGAGAGCAAGCUAGAAAAGAUCUGAAAGGUCUUGAAGACACUGUAGCCAAAGAAUUACAAUCUCUUCAUAAUUUAAGAAAACUAUUCGUCCAAGAUUUGCAAGCUAGAAUUAAGAAGUCUGCAAGUAAUGAAGAAAAUGAAGAUGAUGGUGGCUCUCUAGCCCAGAAACAGAAAAUUAGUUUCCUAGAAAAUAAUCUAGAUCAGCUCACGAAAGUCCACAAGCAGUUGGUCAGAGAUAAUGCUGAUCUUCGAUGUGAGCUGCCAAAGAUGGAGAAGAGGCUUAGAGCCACAAUGGAAAGAGUCAAGGCUCUUGAAACAGCCCUGAAAGAAGCCAAAGAAGGUGCAAUGAGGGAUCGUAAACGAUACCAAUAUGAAGUGGAUAGAAUCAAAGAGGCUGUCCGUCAAAAGAAUCUUGCCAGAAGAGGCCCUGUCCCUCAAAUUGCCAAACCCAUUCGAGCUGGUCAGCAUCCCAGUAUUAUCUCCCAAAAUACUCCCAGCAGGCUUACAUUGGAUGAAGAAAUGCGGCGAAAGAAAAUAGUCUCAUCUGGCAACAGAAAAGAUGAAAGCUGAGAUGCCUCUAUUCUUACAUCAUUGAAGAAUUUGUAAUGAAAAAUAGUGCUCUAAAAGAAUUGAAUGGAAGGUGUGGCGAAUCGAAGUUGAAUGUGUAAAAACUGUUAUCUCUAAUCUAUUUAUAUGUAAGCAAAAGCUUUUGUGAUUUUACCAGCCAGCUGCAAUAAGUAUGCACCAUUUUUUGUAACCUUUAAAGACAUUUGCAUAAAAACUUCAUCAUAAAAAAAGUAGUCAUAACUUAAUUUGAAUGAUCGGAGCAAGAAACGGUAUCAUUGGUGAAAUAAUAAAGUUUUUUAGAAUACGUAAAGAUAAUUUUGGUGCUUUGCUGAUUCUCCUUUCAAAAAGAAUUUGUUAGGUACUAUACUUUUUAUUUUUGUAUGCCCUUCUCUCUAAUAACAGCAUCCCAUUAUUAAUUUUACGUUUUAUUUCACUCUUAAGUUUAUUAUUUUCCUUAUUAUUAUUUAUUUUUUAUAAUUUACAUAAUUGAUUUAUGUACUUUAAUUUUUAUUUCUAUCCCAUGUUUCACUCUAUCUUUCAAGCAAUCAUUACCUUUUAAAUGGAAAUAUUUUUAAGUUCAAUUUUAAUCGUACAAUUAUAGGAAUCAAGUUAAAAUAAAAUCGGUAACCUUUUUA